GCUUCUGUAAAUGGAGAGCGAGAUGAAGGAGCUACGGGCUUCACGAGUUUCUCCCCGUGAAGGCGCUCCGCUCCUCGCUUCUUCGAAGACGAGGAGAACGAAGUUAGGAAAUCGACCAGAAUGUCCGCUAAUUUGCAGUCAUCGGUGUGCCAGCAGUGAUGGAAAGGCGGUCUCAUUGGGCCGGUCUUGAUAUUGUCAAUUGCAAGCGAGGAAGCAACUCUGCUCGUGGUUGGUUCACUCCGAAGGCUCCUCAUCGCUCAUUUCUUGUCUCGCGGGAGUGUCGAGCCCAGCACAGCAGCGCUGCAAGCUUUCGAACGCUCGCGACUGACAGAGCGAAGCGUGUGCUCGGCGUUUUCGGCAGCGGAUGUGGUGCCGAACAAGUUCACGGGAGGCAGCAUUCUAUAGGCUGCUUGUGAGAAGGCAGUAAGAAAGGAAACGCGCUUGAAUUUAUCAUGGCAGACUACGCCGGCGGAUCUCAAAUUGUAAGCAUGGGCUCUUUACAAGAAAGGUUGAAGCUAGGCUGGACUCGGCACAGCCAGCUAGCCAACCAAUAACGAAGGCUUGUAUGAGAGGUGAUGUUGAAGCAUGGGUCAUUGACCAUAUGCCUGCUCGAUCAUGCAUCAGCCAUUGAUUCGUUGACUUGGAAACAAGGAUACAGAGAUACACAAGGCUAAGUUGGGGUCGUGCAAAUCAGAGAAAUCGAGGUGCGAAGUCUGAAUUCCACUUGAGGUGGUCAUGGUAGAAAUGGAGCUGGAAGUGAAGCUGAAUACCGGGACAUCUAGGACUUCAGCUGUAGGACAAACGAAUGCCCAACAGCGUGAUGUCAAAGGAGCCGUGGAGAAGAGAAAACGCAAGCGACUGGAAACGAGCUCAGUUGUUUUGCAGGAAACCACAGUAGGGGUAGCUAGUGGAAAGAGCAUACGUUCACUUCGGCAGCAGACUCGGGCCCCAACUUACGAUGAGGACCUUCUUGAUGCAGUCAUAGAUCAGCAGCUUGGAGGUACUCCGUUUCCUGCCAGAGGCAGGAAGAGAAAGCCUCUGAGUGUUGAGAAAGAGGUAGAUGUGGAGGCUAUGAUUGCUGCCUCUAUUGGGUUUCCAAGAGAGUCGCUGACCGAGGAGGAAAUAGAGGCUGGUGUUGUUGCUUCGGCCGGUAGCUUGGAGCAGGCCAAUUACAUCGUGGUCAGAAACCACAUUCUUGCCAAAUGGAGGGAGAAUGUUAAUGCCUGGCUGGAUGAAGACACCGUUAUGGAAUCCAUUCGGAGUCAACACAAGAGCCUCGUUGCAGCUGCGUACAAGUUCCUUUCUACAUUUGGUUACAUCAAUUUUGGAGUAGCUCCUGCCAUCAAAUCAAGAAUUCCAGAGGAAGCAACAAAGGCCACUGUGAUCAUCAUAGGUGCCGGAUUGGCUGGGCUAGCUGCGGCUCGUCAGCUUCUAGCCUUUGGGCACAAGGUAAUUGUUUUGGAAGGGCGACAAAGGCCUGGAGGUAGGGUAUACACGAAGAAGAUGGUCGGAGAAGGGCUAGCUGCGGCAGCAGAUUUAGGGGGUAGCGUAGUGACAGGAAUUCAUGGAAAUCCUUUAGGAGUAUUAGCCAGACAGCUUGGGUUUCCUCUGCACAAGAUUAGGGAAAAAUGUCCUCUUUAUCAGCCUGGUGGAUUGCCUGUGAAGGAGGAAAUGGAUGCCAGGGUCGAGGCACAGUUUAACAAGCUUCUGGACAGAGCUAGCAAAUGGAGGGAAGAGAUGAACACUGUGGCUGAUAGCAUUUCUCUGGGAACAACGUUGGAGACUCUCCGUGAGGAUGCAGGUGUUGCAGUGAAUGCAGAAGAGCGGCAGUUGUUUGAUUGGCAUCUUGCCAACCUGGAGUAUGCAAAUGCUGGCCUGCUAUCCAAUCUUUCUCUCGCUUUUUGGGAUCAAGAUGAUCCAUAUGAAAUGGGUGGGGACCACUGCUUUUUGCCAGGCGGUAAUGUGCGAUUGGUGGCUGCACUCGCUGAGGGAGUCCCCAUAUUCUACGGGAAAACUAUUCAUACCAUCCGAUAUAGCAGUGAAGGAGUGCAAGUUAUAGCUGGGGAACAGAUUUUUGAAGGUGACAUGGCCUUGUGUACCGCUCCACUGGGUGUCUUAAAGCGAGAAGCCAUAAAGUUCGAGCCAGAGUUGCCAGUGCGGAAGAUAGACGCAAUCAAACGCCUAGGAUUUGGUUUGCUCAAUAAGGUCGUAAUGCUCUUCAGCCAUCCAUUUUGGGGUGCUGAGCUAGACACUUUUGGGCAUCUUGCUGAAAGCACAAAUCGACGUGGGGAAUUCUUUCUGUUUUACAGCUAUGCCGCUGUGUCUGGUGGUCCUCUUCUGCUGGCCUUAGUGGCUGGAGAAGCUGCUAUUAACUUCGAGUGCAUGCCGCCAAUCGAAGCAGUAACGAGGGUGCUUAGUGUUCUGAGAGGAAUAUAUGAACCACGGGGCGUAAAAGUUCCAGAUCCCAUCCAAACCGUGUGCACUCGGUGGGGUGGAGAUUCGCUCUGUUAUGGUUCGUAUUCAAAUGUUGCAGUCGGUGCGUCAGGAGAUGACUACGACAUAUUAGCUGAAUGUGUUGGCGACGGACGCCUGUUCUUCGCUGGAGAAGCCACCAAUCGUCGUUAUCCAGCCACGAUGCAUGGAGCAUUUCUGAGUGGUCUGAGAGAGGCCGGUAACAUUACCACUUUUGCAGGGUCCCGUAUAGUUUCGUCUAAGGGAGAGCGAGGUAUUCAGAAAGAUAUUCAAUCGUUUGCCACGAUUUUGGUGGAUAUAUUUAAAGAACCAGAUUUGCAAUUUGGCUGCUUUUCUGUCGUUUUCGAUCCGCAGACAAACGACCUCAAGUCUUAUGUUAUCGUAAGAUUGACAAUUGGAAAAGGGGAGAGGAAGGAGGAACCUGAGAGCUCACCAACUGAUCAGCAAUCAGUUCACCUUUAUACUAUAAUAUCUCGAAGACAGGCGUUCGAGUUGUUGGAAUUGAGAGGAGGCGAUAAAUUACGUCUUAUUUAUCUUUCCGACAAACUUGGUGUCAAGCUAGUGGGGAGAAGGGGUCUUGGAGUCAUUGGUGAUGGAAUUGUGAGUGUAACGAAAUGGAAUCGGGCAGCCCGAAAAGUAAAUUCCCCACUGAACAUAACACCCGUCACUAGCUUUGCAGCCAAAACACCAAAGUCGCAGUAAAAUCCCUUGGCCUUUCUUGCCCUUUAAACCAAAUUCUUAGAGCAAUCUUAGAUACCUCAACACUUAAGAAACCUGAAGUGUUUCCGCAACUGAUUCAAUACACGGUUUUAAAGCACCCUCUCGGAUGUAACUCCAGUUCAUGGAAUGCCAUGACUAGAGGUUGUGUACGUAAAGCUAUUUUCCUUCUAUACUCCGGGUGAGUAUAAUAUCUCCGCAACCGUUUUAAUGACAGGUUUCAUUCUCUGCUCCCCUGUUAGAGAGAGGAUAGUUGAGGUAAGCCGGGUGGUGCCAAGAGCUUUGGUCUCUAGAGCAAUAUGAUUUCCAUGGUUUAUCAGGUCGGUGGACGUGAUGGUAUACCUUAAAGCUUUAGCAGAUAAGGCUUAGAAUCGCUUGGUUAAGAGAUAUCACAAAUGGUCGACACAAAGUAGGCAUUGUUUUGUAACCUACCAAGCGACUACUAGAACAGUAUCUCUCUGUGUAAUUCAGCGGACGUCUAUGAGAAAUGAAUCUAUGGAAUGUCUAGAUAAAUAGAUUCUUUGAGUAUGUUUCUUUGAUGUUGCUACAGCAACCACUCAUCACUCCAAAUGGGUCACCGUUGUCAUCAUCUGAUUCAAAUGCACCAGUGUGAAGCACUUACCUGGUGCUCAAUGUACAGGUUUACAGGGUUGUAC